CGCACCGCGGGACCGCCCCAAGAGGCUGCCCGAGAGGCACUUUUGGUGACGUUUUGCAUCUAUAAAUCACAUCCGUGCCCAAGACCCACAGCUGGCUGCCUGCGAGCCGCGCGGCACGAGAUGGAGGUCCCAGGGCCGUACUACGAUGGCGCGAAGGACGUGAUUGUGUCCUUGGUCUACGAAGGCAAGCACAUCCAGGCCAAGGUCGUGAAGAUCAAUCGGCCGAAGACGAACCGGCGCAGGACGGCCCAGCGCCAGCCGGACGACGCGCACAACGUGCAGCUCACAUUGACGUGGCCUACCGGGACGUGGGACCAGGAGGUCGAAGAGGAGCACCUGACGCUGCUCGACGGCUCGCGCUUCGAGACGAAGAACUACGCGUGCGACGCGCUACCGGCGCGGCGGCGCAAGCCGGCAGAACGAUUGAGGGAGGACGACGAGUGGCAGACCCGAGGCCUGGCCCGCGGCGGCAAGAAGAGAAAGCCGAAGCAGGAGCGCUUGACGCCCGAGGCCAUCGACGACCUCAUGUUGUGCUAUUACAAGGAGCCGUGGUGUGAGUGGUACAUCGCCCGGGACAAAGACGCCGAGACGGGUAAAUCGCGGCUGGCUGGUCAAGAACGGGACGACUACUUCUACCGGAGCUUCGGGACCGGGGCGCUGGAGGACCUCAAGUGGGGCCAGGGCAAGCGGGUGAAGAAGGGCAUCCGCAUCGUCCGCAGAUCGCAGAAUGCGGUGACGCUCGAGGGCGAGGACAAGCCGCUCGUCUUCCGACUCUCGGGCGAGAUGCACGACGGCGAGCCCGUGUACCGCUUCCUCGCGGGGAACUCGCAGCGCAAGCGGGCCCGAGUCGCUCCGCUUGUGCUGGCGCCGCAGCCGCCGCCACCGGCAGCGCCGGUCGCCGCGCCCGCGGCGCCUCCGGCCGCCGCCCCCGUGCAGCCGGCAGCACCGGCCGCGUCUUCGCCGUCCCCGCCGCCGCCGGCGGCCACGGACGACGACGAGUUGAUCUUCGAGGAGCCGGACGAGGACGAGGACGAGGACGAGGCGCUGCCGCAGCCGCUGCCUCAGCCGAAGGAAAUCAUCGAUAUCACGAUGGUCUCCUCUGACGAGGAGGCCGACGACGACGACUCCGGCGACGAGGUAGCCCCGGAGCCGCCGGUACGAGCCCAGCCGCAGGCGGUCGUACCCGAAGCCGCCGCCGCCGACGUGGCCGAGCUGCGGCGCGUCGUCCGGAUGCUGGACGCGAGGGGCGCCCUGAAGGAACAGCCUCUUUAUUUCGGCGCGACGAGACUCGCGGGCACCAAGGCGAGCGAAGCCACGCGGACGCACGAGGACGCCGCGCGAGCGAUUGUGAGCUUCUACCGGAAGUACCGCCCGGUCGACGCCACGAAGCCGGGCACCGGAACUUUCACGUCGGUCUACAUCUCCAAGAAUAACGACGGGAGGUGCCACACUGACGACGGCAACGUCCGCCUGAAUUCUAUUGUCGCGCUAGACGGCCGCGCGCCCUUCACCGGCGGCGAGCUCGAGCUCGGCAUCGGCCCGGCAGCGAAGUCCGUGGACGUCCGGGCCUUUGCGCGCGGCGACGGCGACCCGCUUUUCGACUUUGACGCGUGGGCUUUCCGCUGCCGCCCUCCGAGGCCGAGCGCGAGGCAUACGACAAAAGAAUCCACGGCAAGCACCUUGCGGGCGACCGCGCCGCCACCGAGGCCGCGGAGAAGCGGCGGCUCGCCGCAGCGUACCUGGCCGAGGCGGAGGCACUCGAGGCGCGCGCCGAGGCGGACCGCGCCGCUUGA